AUGUCCUCGAUGGCUCACUCCGCUGCUGAAUCUGUCUCGUCACAACCCGAUCGUCCAGAGCGCAGCCGUAAUGCUAAAGCUCAAGCUCGCCAUCGUGCAAAGCGAAAGGCCUACAUCGAGCAGCUCGAGCAGACAGUCACAAAACUACAAACCGCCUUAGGCUUCACCCCAGACCAGGUGGCGGCUUUACCGCCCCCCUUGGUCAAAAUUCGCGAGCUCGAACAAGAAAAUACUCGCUUGCAGAAAGAAAAUGAAGAAAUGAGACGUUUGCUCGAAGCUGACCACCGAGCUGGUCAUUUAUCCUCUGACUAUCGUCGGCACUCCAUGUCCAACUUCCACGAUAAUCGUAACUGUGACCGCGACUUCAAGAAACGCAAAAUGGAUGAUCUCUACAUGGUGUACGCCCCUCAUGGUGAUCGACCCCCUCCACUUACCAUUCCGCAGCCAAUUUCCCAUCACCAGUAUGGCAAUAUACCCUCCCACAAUGGCACAUCUGGUCAUGGCGGUGUUUCAGGCAACUCCUCCUCACUCUUUAAUUUGCACGCUCCCGCUUUUCAUCACCUUCCUCAUACUCCGUCCGGAUCAAGUUCAACUUCAAGUCCUCCAUUUUCGGCGAUGACCAUUGUUUUCUGUUUCACCCACCAGCAGCCUACCCAAAUGCAACACUCAUCGCAUUCCCCGGUCAACAGUCGUCCAAGUUCAUUGUCGCAUCACCCGCUUCCAAGCAACUACCAUUCCAAUCAUUACGGGUCCGUCAAGGUUGAGGACGAUCAUUACAGCUCAUCAAACCAUCAUAAUCAUAAUGGGCCCUCCAACCAUUACCACACCACACUCCCUCCAUUUGCUCAAACUGUGCCAGAAGCUGAAGUGGAUAACUGGCAUGCUUAUUCGGCUGAACGUGCCCAGGUUCAUCGGUAGAACCGAAAUACGUCGAAUUGUUCUCUUCUUCUGGACUUGAUCGGUUUAGAUGAUACCCCCGCUCUAUUGCUAUCAUUGUCUCGUUGCAUUUCGACUAGCUCUCUUUGCCGCAUCGCUAUUUUCUUUGCCAUUCUAGAGCCCUACGACAACCUAUUACUUCUAAUUCUUAGCUUCCUAGUGUAAAAAGUUAUCACGCAUUCUAGUGGAUAUAUGUGCAUGAA